AUGGCGCCGUACGAAGCACUAUAUGGCAGAAAGUGUAAAUCACCGCUAUACUGGGAUGAAGUAGGCGAACGAAGGGUACUCGAACCGGAUGCCGUUGAAGAGAUGGUCGAAAUCAUUCGACAAAUCCGCGCGAGAAUGAAGGAAGCCCAGGACAGGCAAAAGUCUUACGCUGACGUCCGACGGACCGACUUACAAUUCCAAACCGGUGAUAAAGUUUUUCUCAAGGUAUCACCGUCCAGAGGGGUAGUACGAUUUGGUGUUAAGGGAAAGUUGAAGCCGCGAUUUACCGGACCCUACGAAAUCUUAGAAAGAAUAGGACCCGUUGCGUGUCGAUUGGCACUACCCCCGAGCCUUGGGAAUGUGCACAACGUUUUCCAUGUGUCGCAGUUGCGGAAGUACGUGUUCGACCCGAAGCACAUGAUUCACUUUAAGGAAGUUGCAUUGAACCCGGACUUGAGCUACGAGGAGAGACCCCAGAUGAUCCUAGACCGUAAGGUUCAAACCCUAAGAAACAAAUCUGUCGCCUCAGUGAAAAUACUUUGGAGAAAUCACGGACACGAGGAAGCCACGUGGGAGCUUGAGGACAAGAUGAUGGAACUAUACCCCGAACUUUUCCCUUGA